AUGGUCAACGUUGACGAGGAAUAUGACCAGCUUGUUGAACACCUUUACAACUGCACGAGGAAGACUAAGAGUUUUAAAAACACCAAGAGACGCCUGUCUCUUGAAACUCUUGAGCUGAUACGCCAAGUGGAGCCGCACGAGCUGCAGGGAACCAAGAACUCCGAGCUGGCAAGGCUUUGCAGAGAGGCGAUAAAGGAAGGCCUUAAAGAGAGAAGAGCAAAAGUGCUGGCUGAAGCUGCAGAAGCGGGAAGAAGCAUCAGCUAUGCCCAUCGAGACUUCGCCAGUCGCAAGGCGAGGAUGACUGCUCUUCGGAACCCGAAGGGAACAACCAUUGCAUCGAGAAGGGUAAUGAAGAAAAUCAUCCACGACUUCUACUCUGAUCUCUUCGCCGGCCAUGUCCACUUGCCUCCUCAUCAUCUUAAGGAAGACGAACAUGUCAUUCCAGAUUUCUCCCGUCCGAAGUACGACAUGCCAUUAUGUCGGUAA